AUGCUGGAGAUCCCACAGCAGGGGAAACGUCGCGCGCUGUUCCGCAGCCAAUCGAGGCGUCGGAAAACGCGAGAUUUAGCAUCGUACAACAACGAAUCCAAAGAGACCAGCCCGCCAAGGCCUAGAAGCACAGGACAACACUCUGCUCGCAUCUGGCUUGUCGGGACGACGCUAGCUCCAUUUGCCGCUCCACACUCCCACUGCUUGGCCGAUUCCGUCGACCGUCGACCAUCGACCGUGGGCCGCCGGGAGGGAACUCAGCAGUUGAGUGAGCGUGAGGGCCAAGGAACCCUCUGGCGCGCGGUUUGGACCGGUUGGGUCAGGCAAUGGCAUGCGAAGUCAACAUGCGCCCCAAGCAGAGGGGGAGAUUGCACACUGAGUCCGAGUCAGCAAGCUUCGGUGGCCACAGCCAUCAGACCAGCAGACAGGCCAAACCCCAGGAGUGAGGAGAGUGUGCCUUAUCAAAAUGUCCGAGGGGUCAGAUCGGUGCGGCCCAGCAUCGUCGGGCUCCCAGAGCUUCAGAAUUCAGAAGAAUAAUCUGAGAAAAAAGAAGUCUGGCUGCUGCUGUUCUCCAGCCUUCAAAGUUCAAACGCUCUCCGCGCGGCGGUGAAGAAGGCUAGCAUCGGCGACCUUCUCCAUUUGGCAAUCGACUGCAGAGUAUAUCCCAACUUGUCCAGCUCGUGGCCGCAUUUGGAUCUCCUUCGAACGGCUGCAUGUUCAGCUGAGGCUCUAGAAUGCAAAAG